GCGGGUGGGGGGCCAUGAGCGUCUUGCUCCCCAACAUGGCGGACUUUGACACCAUCUACGAGCUGGAGGAGGAGGAGGAGGAGGAGGGCGAGGAGCCCGAGACUGUGGUGAGGAGCCAGGAGCUGCCGCGGCCCCGGGACGCGCCCGAACCCGUGGCUGUGAGGGGCGCCGGGCAUAUCACCGUGUUUGGCUUGAGCAACAAGUUUGACACAGAAUUUCCCUCUGUUCUGACAGGGAAGGUUGCCCCUGAGGAAUUCAAGACCAGUAUCAGUCGUGUAAAUGCGUGCUUAAAGAAGAAUCUCCCCAUCAGCGUCAAGUGGCUUCUCUGUGGAUGUUUGUGCUGCUGCUGUACGCUGGGAUGCAGCUUGUGGCCUGUUGUGUGUCUUAACAAAAGAACUAGAAGAUCAAUUCAGAAGUUGUUAGAGUGGGAGAAUAACAGAUUAUAUCAUAAGCUUGGUUUGCACUGGAAGUUGAGUAAAAGGAAAUGUGAAACUAGCAAUAUGAUGGAGUAUGUAAUACUAAUAGAAUUCUUACCAAAAUAUCCCAUAUUUCGGCCCGAUUGAGGAGCAGCGUCACCUUUCAUGUUACCUGUCAUUUCCUACCUGUAGUGCCUUGUAGGGGAUGUUGGAGAGAAGAUGGUCUACUUUGCCGUGAUUUUUUUAAAAAGUGUGUUCUUAGGUAGAGUAUCUUCUUUGCUCUGUUACUUUCUUUUGUUUUAAGAAGAAAACAAUUUGCACAUUUUUUUUAAAUGUUCGAUAAUGAGGCUUGUACGUGUACUUCAGUUUGGUUGUGUUUGUUUUUUUUAAAUACCUGUAAUUGAUCAGAAUUGCCACUAAGAAUAUAAGCUCAGUGCUGCUGCUUGAAGGCUGGCGCUGAGCAUGCGGCCUUCUCAGUUUCCAGGCUUCCUGUCUGUUCUCCACCCUCACUUUAUAGCACCGGGUGUCGUGCAUCAGAUCCAGCACCCAACUCUUCCUUCAGAUGCUUCAACAGAAAUGGUCAAAGUUAGCUGACAAUAAUUGGUAAUACUUGUAUGAUAAUCUGCUUGCAUAGAACUUGUAAUGGAACUGCACUGGCCAUCUCUUGCACUUGCAAGACCACUCGGUUUGCAUUGGGGGGGUGGGGCAGUGGGGGGGUUUCAGUUGCUUUACACUCCGCAGAUUUGUAAAUAAUUGCUUCAUUGCAUAAUGUAAAGUGUGGUAUGAUGCCAAGGUUUACAAAAUGUAAUAUAGCUCCUCUUGUUUUGCCAACUGU